UCAGCAUCACAAUUCACAAUCAAACAAUCACCAUUUUUUCCGAAUAGCGAUAAACAAAUACCCAACUUCCAUUAAUCAAAUUAAUAUUCUACCUUCAUACCGCCACCUUCAAACACUCUUCAAUCAACACACCCCUUCUUAACACUCUUUCUUCACAAACCCCUCUUCAUCUUCAAACCUUCACUCACAAAAUGAUGCUGCUGAAUAUUCUCCCAUCAUCAUCAUCUUUAUCUUUCUCAAAAACCCACAAAAAAUACCCCAUAAAAAACCCUAAUUUCACCCAUCUUGGUUCAAGACCCACCAUUUCUCACCACCAAAACCCUAAAGUUUCAACCUUUAACAAUAUUCACACUCACCCAACUCAUAAAGUUUCAAGCUUUUUCAAAAUCCCACAUGGGUUUUCCAACUUUGACCCAAAUCAUGAAAAACCCACUUCAUAUACAGUCAAAUCAGUGUCAGAAAGCAAUCAAGAUUCAACCCCAGAUGGUGAAAUUGAAAAGGAUUCGAACAAGAGUAACAAGACUCUGCAGCUUGCUAUUGUGUUUGGAUUUUGGUACUUUCAGAACAUUGUGUUUAAUAUUUAUAAUAAAAAGGCUUUGAAUGUGUUCCCAUAUCCAUGGCUUCUUGCUUCUUUUCAGCUUCUUGUUGGGUCUGUUUGGAUGUUGGUUCUUUGGAGUACAAAGCUUCAACCUUGCCCCAAAAUUGAUAAAUCUUUUAUAGUUGCACUUUUAGGUCCUGCCCUUUUUCACACAAUUGGUCAUAUAUCUGCUUGUGUGUCAUUCUCCAAGGUUGCUGUGUCAUUUACUCAUGUUAUAAAGUCAGCUGAGCCUGUGUUCUCUGUUGUGUUUUCAUCUGCUUUGGGUGAUAGUUAUCCUUUGUCUGUUUGGUUGUCGAUUUUGCCAAUCGUUAUGGGGUGUUCUUUAGCUGCUGUGACUGAAGUUUCCUUUAAUCUUGGUGGGUUAUGGGGGGCUAUGAUCAGUAACGUCGGGUUCGUGUUGCGAAACAUUUACUCGAAAAAAAGUUUGCAAAACUUUAAGCAAGUUAACGGGUUGAAUUUGUACGGGUGGAUUACAAUCCUCUCGUUCGUUUACCUGUUUCCUGUUGCGGUUUUCGUCGAAGGGUCUCAAUGGGUUGCGGGAUAUCAUAAAGCGAUCGCGACCGUUGGGAAGCCGUCUACUUUUUACCUGUGGGUGAUGAUAUCUGGUGUGUUUUAUCAUCUUUAUAAUCAGUCGUCGUAUCAGGCUCUUGACGAUAUUAGCCCGUUGACUUUUUCGGUUGGGAAUACGAUGAAACGGGUUGUUGUGAUCGUGUCUAGUGUCAUUGUGUUUAGGAAUCCCGUUAGGCCUUUGAAUGCGCUUGGAUCAGCCAUUGCUAUUUUGGGUACGUUCUUGUAUUCGCAGGCAUCGUCGAAGAAGAAGGCUGCAGUUGAAAAGAAGGAUUGAUGAAGCUUUUUAUAGGCAGUUAUACAAGUUUUGGUUGUUGAAUUUAGUUCUGUGACUUUAGUUGAUGUGUAUGACUUGUGGUUCUGGGACUUUGGUGUUAUAUUUCAAUGAGAAUACUGAAUUCAACAAUAUUUUUUUAUAUGGUUAGUUGCUAAUGGUUA